UUUAACGACAAACCUUGAUUGAAGUUACUGCUUAAGUCUUAAGUAUAUGCUGAUAAUUCCAGUGAUAGAAAAUAACUAUAGUUAAUAAAAAUUAAUAAUAAUAUUGGGAAUAAAGAACGUUUUUGGCUCACCAUACAGCAACUGAAAGAUAUCCAAACUCCGAUGUUGGACAAUUUGCCCUCGCUGACCACGCAGAAAUUUAAGCAAUACGUUGCGACGAUUUCAGUUUCCUUGGGAGCGUUCUGCGCAGGGACAGUUUUAUCAUGGACCUCUCCAGGAUUAGCCCACAUUACCAUCGACGGCACCAACAAAACAAACGGCACUUUUCCAACGGAUGAAAUCCCUGCUCCAGGAUUCAAAAUAACCAAAAGCGAAGAGGCGUUAGUAGGCGCGAUGCUCACAAUUGGAGCUCUGAUAUCAGCCAUUCCCACUGGAUACCUAGCUGAUAAAUUUGGAAGAAAACUCAUAAUAUUAGGCUUAUCGAUACCCUUCUUGCUGAACUACCUCCUGAUAUCUUUCGCGUAUAACGUAGAGACUGUGGUGGCGGGAAGGUUCUUCGCAGGAAUAGGUCUAGGAGGCAUAUGCGUGGUGGCGCCCAUGUAUAUAGGAGAGAUAUCUGAACCCUCCAAUAGGGGCAUGUUCGGGUCCUUCUUUCAGAUGUUCCUUUCUUGCGGCAUACUCUUCACGUGUAUAAUCGGGUCUUUCGCGAACUGGAUGUCGUUAUCCUUGAUCCUUGCUGUUGCUCCUGUCGUGUUUGGAGUAAGUUUCCUAUUUAUGCCCGAAACUCCUGUGUACUUGGUCGAAAAAAGCAAGCUGGACGAAGCGGAGAAAACGUUGAAAGAGCUAAGGGGUAGCAGCUACGAUGUUUCGGUAGAAUUGAAAACUAUCCAAAAAGAAAUAAUGGAAUCUCGGGAGAAAAAAGCCACACUCGCUGAUAUCAUAUCAGACAAGGCAAACCUAAGAGCUACACUUUCCGUUAUAGGUGUAUUAGCUUUCCAGCAAUUUAGCGGUAUUAACGCUGUGGUGUUCUAUACAGUAGCUAUUUUUAAAGCGGCAGGGUCUAACAUUUCCCCAAGUCUUUCAGCCAUUAUCAUCAACCUCGUACAGGUUGUGGUGUCAUACAUUUCUAUAUUGAUCAUAGAAAAAGCGAACAGAAAAUUCUACCUGAUGAUGUCUUCGAGUGGUAUGAUGUUGUGUUUAGCUGGUCUGGGAAUGUUCUUCCACUUGAAAUCUCUCGCGGUGAACGUGGACCAUCUUGGUUUCAUUCCGCUUGGCAGCACUGUUCUCUUUAUGAUAUGUUUUUCUAUAGGCUACGGCCCAGUGCCGUGGAUGCUGAUCAGUGAACUGUUCUCACCGGAAAUCAAAGGCAUAGCCAGCGGUUUGGCUAUUUUGGCGAAUUGGGUGUUCGCCUUUAUCGUUACCUAUUCUUUUCCCAUUAUAAAUGCAAAUCUCGGUGAUCAUGUGACCUUUUAUAUAUUCGCUUCCGUUAUGGUAUGCGCGACGAUUUUCGUUCAUUUUGUUGUUCCUGAAACCAGAGGCAAGUCCCUACUGGAAAUCCAAGAUGCCUUGAAUAGAUAAUUAUGUAUAAAUGUUUAGGAAUCUUGAAAUUUUCUAGGAUUUUCUAAUUGCUUUAAUGAAUUUUCUCAUUAUUUUUAGUGAUAUUUUUUUACAUGUGACAAAAUUAUGUAUUUAAAUAAAAUAUAUUUACA